UCCCAAAACGCCAUUCUUUCCCCAUUCAUUUCCCCAUAGGAAUGGCUGAAAGAACCAGAGGUUAACUAGCUUCAGUUUUUUUUUUUUACUAAACCUGGCGAGCUCUAUAGUGUGUGUAUUAUGUAGUGUUGGUGUGUGUAACACAUUGGUGUAACAGGGUGUGUGUGAGAGAUUUUUGUGUUGGUGUGUGAUUGCUGACAUCGAGCAUGUCCUUUCCCUACCACAGGAUAGACAUGUUUGUGUUUCAGUGGUGGGAACAAUUCUAUAAUUCAUUGAAAAUGGUACUCCAUCUCCCAAAUUAACCCAAUUGAAAUGGAAUUGACCCCAAAUCACCUAGUUGUGUUGUGUUUUAUAUCUCCUGGAUGUGUGGUUCAGGAUCAUCUCCGAUUAGAAUCCAUCAGCCUACGUCAUCCUUUGCUGUAACCUGGGUGAUAUAGACCAUCCACACUUUCUCUCUCUCUCACACACACACACACACAGGCACGUUGUACCGUCUCAGCUCAUCUCUAUCUCUCACACACACCCCAGUCUCUGAGCCCCGGGCAUCUCUCUCUGACCAUGGACGUGUCAGUGCUGGGCAGUGGGAGCGGCUGUUCAGAGGAUUGUGGGGUAGGGUCUGGCUGUCUGGAGGACUGUGGGAACCAGAGUGACCGGACUGACUGGGAACCGGACUUCAGUGGGGCUGAGCUGGUGUGUGUGACGGCCGUGUGUGUGCUGCUGCUGGCCCUGGGCAUCACAGGAAAUAUGUUAACCAUCCUGGUAGUUUGGCUCCGGCCACACCUGAGAAGCACCACCUACCUCUACCUGAGUAGUAUGGCGAUCUCCGACCUCCUCAUACUGCUACUGAUGCCUUUAGAUCUAUACUACAAGCUGUGGAGGUUCCGGCCCUGGGAUCUGGGCGAUACAGUGUGUAAGCUGAGUGUGUUCGUCAGUGAGAGUUGUACCUAUUCCUCCAUCCUCCACAUCACCGCCCUUUCUCUGGAGCGCUACCUCGCUGUCUGUCGACCACUCACAGCCAAGACCCUGGUCACACGGACCCGCGUCCGCACUCUCAUUGGCUGCCUGUGGGUUGUGGCUGUGAUCAGCGCCGGGCCGGUGUUUGCUAUGGUGGGGGUAGAGGAGCUGGGGGGAGGAGAGGGGGAGAGCGAGUGUCGCUGUACGGACUACGCCGUCUCCUCAGGCCUGCUGGGGGCCAUGAUGUGGCUCUCCAACCUCUACUUCCUGGUGCCAUUGGGCAUUCUGGGAGUAGUGUACAGUCUGAUCGGCAGGAAGCUGUGGCUCCGCCCACAACGCAGCAGCCGAGACCGUGCCCAGCGACACACCAUCAAGAUGCUAGGUAUGAUCGUGCUGGCGUUUGUUCUGUGUUGGCUGCCGUUCCACGUUGGUCGGACGUUGUUCUCUGUGACUCUGGGCUCCAGCGCUGACAUGUACUACGUCUCUCAGUACUUUAACCUGGUCUCCUUUGUAUUGUUCUACCUCAGUGCUGCUGUCAACCCUAUCCUCUACAACACCAUGUCGGCACGCUACCGCCACGCUGUCCGCAGCCUGCUGCGCUCACACACACACUCACACACACACCGCUCCCGCCACACCUCACUCACGCCACAACACUCUACCACCACCCUGUAACUCACGGACACACACACUCACUCGCACACAGAAAACCUUGGAGAUGGAUGAAGGAAUAAGACUUUGUUUAGAGGAACAUUGUCUUUAGUGAGACAUAUUGUCCGAUUUAUUGUAUAAUAUUUGAUUCAUAUAUAUUUGCCAUUUUGAUGACUGUUGGUUCUAAACCCCUGAAGGUGUGUGUGUUCCCAGAGUGAUGUGUAAUAAACUGUAAUUCCAGCCUUUUGUCUUUGUGGUACUUUAGCUCUGGUCUGUCUGUGUGUGUUUGUCACCAUGGUGACUGGUAAGGGUAAGAAUGGCCCCUGGGGAGUAUUGGCGGGUUGGGAGAUUGA